AUGACAACCAAUACCAUAAUAACGACUGAGAUAACUAUUAAACAAACUACGUCAAAGAGUAGCGCAGCAAACUCAAAUGUACAGCUUGCAAAAAAUAUAACACAAGGACAAAAGAAUAUACCUAAUAAUGGUUUCAUAAUUAAACCAACACACAUACCGGUAGAUAAAGAGAUAGUAAAUCAUGGAAAUCAUAUAUCUCCAGCUAGAAUUGGAACACCAAGUGGACGUAGACCGGGUCGUCCAAGGAAAUCUGAAACUUCAAAACUCAAUUGA